AUGAAGCCGUCUCAGCCCUUGAUGGCGCGGUUGCGCCUGACUACGAAACAAGUCAAUCGAGGUUACUACAAAGGUAACCGAACGGGUUCUAUGGGUUUCUUCCUGAAAAGCAGUACAUAUAUUAUCGAGCCCAGCAAAUUGCGCACAUAUGUCGUCCCUGAGAACUUGGACACGUUCAAGGUUAGCCAGCUACUCAAAUUUUUUCCUGUUUCUCCUAUGCUGACUUUCUACAAGCUCACUCCUUUCGUUACGAAAUCUUUCCCCCCAACACGAACAAAGUACACUAGGGAAGAAGAUCGAAACGGCGUGACGAUAUCCAAAGACCGCGCUUUCAACGGAGAAGACUAUUUGGAUCUAUGGGAGAAGCUCAAUCCUCGAGAGCACGAUGACUGGUCAGACAAGUGGAGGUUGAAACGGGCCAAUCUCAAGGCCAAGGCUGAGGCUGAUUUGGAGAAGGUCAUCAAGCUGGAUGAGAAGAACAAGAAGAAGAGGAAGCUCAAGGGAGGACGCACCUUAAAACAGCUAAAAAAGCAAGGACUAUAA